CCGAGUGCCUACUAUUUUACUAAUACUCUGAAUUCUGACAUGCUGGGUUUUUUUUUACUAUUUGCCUUGCUAGUAGAGAAGUAUGCCUAUUCAGAAGCACCCGAUGACUGUUUUCAAACAAGUUUCCCAAACACUCCCCUUCCUCUACCAUUGGAAAAACAAACAGAAAGCCCCGCCCCAGAAUCACGCCAUUGGCUGAGCUGUUGUCAGGCUGUUUGCACAAACAAUCCGAGCAAUGUUUUGAUAGAGCCACAGAGAAACGUUUACACUUUCCAGGAGAAGCAACCUACAAAUGACGCAGUUGUAUUACAAAGUUAAGUAUUUUCACAUGAAAUUCUUUAAGCAAAACAUCACUGAAAUUCCCACAUACAAACAGGAAUCUACAACUCGGACAGCUAUAAACUAUUAGAUAAGUGCUUACUUAUGGAGUCAGUUAUUCAUGUAUGAAUAUCAACUGGGCCGUUACACAGGGGACAGUCUGUGAUCUCACAGGAGAAGAAAAAGAGAUAAACAGAGAGCACAGGAAAAAGAGCAAGACUGUUACAAGAGAGAGAAAGUGUGUGUGUGUGUGUGUGUACCCAUACAUGGAGAGGUGGGGGUGAAGAAUGGGAGGAGAGAGGAAGAAAAAAAGAGGAGGGGAAAGAGAGCAUGAAAGUGAGGUAUCUUGAUCCGUAGUGCACAUCUCCACAAACCCUGUCCUGCUGUCUACCAUCACAGCCAGAUGAUGUCAUCAGAGAUCUUUGUUCCUGGUUGGCUGCAGCAGCUGCUUGUCGUGCUGCUCAGGUUUACGCUGUCCUGCGCGGCCCCAGUGAACCUGAACAAUGGGACAGAGUGUAGCGCUCGAGGACCCGCCUCUUACAUCCUGGUGUUCACCGGCCACUGGAGUCCACAGACCUUCCCCAAACAGUAUCCCUUGUUCCGGCCACCUGCUCAGUGGUCCAAGCUCAUGGCCGUGACCCAUAAUGAGCAGUACCGGCUGUGGCAGGAGGGGGCACCGGCGAGCGAUGGCAUGAGGAGCUUUGCUGAGCAGGGGCUCACAGUGGAUCUGGUGAAGGAUGCGAAGGAGGCGAGGAAGAUGCGAGCGGUGGGGUCCAUGUACCGCACAGCUGGGAUUCCCUCUGGCAUCGGCCACAGCUCCACAGAACUACUCCUGACGCCCAGGAGUCCUCUGCUGUCUCUGAUAGUGAAAGUGAUCCCCAGUCCAGACUGGUUUGUGGGGGUUGACAGUCUGAACCUCUGUGAGGGUGGGCAGUGGAAACAGGAAGUGACCUUUGACUUGCACCCAUUUGAUGCUGGCACAGAUAGCGGCUUCACUUUCUCCUCACCAAACUUUCCAACAACACCCCCUGAAAAUAUCACCAUGAUCACCUCUCAGAAGCCAAACCACCCAGCAAAUUCCUUCUAUUACCCUCGGCUAACAGAACUCCCGCCUCUGGCCACCAUCUGGGUGAAGCGUCAGGGCCGCUCAUCUGUCCGUCAACAGAACCGGGUGUCCAAUCACAUCCUGCCUGAAGCAACCAAACCUCACAGAUUCUCAGAAACGCCGCUGGACUGCGAGGUGUCGAUGUGGUCGUCCUGGGGCCUGUGUCUGGGGCCGUGCUCUCGGGGUGGACUGCGCCAUCGCACCCGUUAUAUCCUGCUGAAACCCUCCAACAGUGGCACGCCGUGCCCCGAGCUGGAGGAACAAGAGGAGUGCACGCCGCACAACUGCCUCGCAUAUCAGUGAUGCCGGUCACACUGCUGGCAUAGACACUUCGACGCUGUCCAAACGGAGAGCCGAGUUUAACCUCAUGCCAAUGCUGAAUCACUGCCGCAGAAUGCGGGAGAGCCGCCUGGCUGGACGUCCAGUGAGCUGCAUUGGCUCCUCUCCUCACUGGAAAAGAACGGCUCGUAUUCUGUUAAUAGAGACUUUGAUUACAGGUGCUGUACUCGCAGUAAUCUCAGUGUAUCUUUGCAUAAUCGCACAUUAUUUUGCCAAUAUAGAUUUGUGGAAUAGAUGACUUGCAGUUGCCCAACCACUGUUUUUUAACAUAACUACAUGAAUUAACAUAAGCCUUCCUCUUGAUCUCACAACAGUAGCAACCUUUUUAAAGUAGCCUAGUUUGGUUUUGAGUGAUUUGACAGAUGGUGCAGGCUGUAGAAGUCAACCGGUAGUUCAUUAGAAGUAAAAUAACACUUGGAGACACUUUCUCAUACAGGCCUAAUGAUGUUCCAAAUGCAGUAUGCAUACAGUUUACAAUAUUAUCUUGUGAGGAAUCACACAAAAACAAACUGUCAUGUGUCAUUUAUCAAAUAAGGGACCGUUUAGAUGUUGUAUACACUACCAGUCAAAUGUUUGGAAUCAUGAAGAUUUUUAUUUGAAAGAAGUCUCUUAUGCUUAUCAAGGCUGCAUUUAUUUUGUCAAAAAAAAAAAAAAAAAAAAAAAAAACAGUAAAAACAGUAAU